GCGGGAGAGGCGGCGGUGGCGGCAGAAGCAGCCGAGUGUCUCCCGAUACCCGGAUGUGAGGCGGUUUGCUGGUUCGCGUCGGACCCUCGGCCGGGAGCGAGGAAGGGCACUACAUCUGAUGCUUAACUGAAUUAUAGUUCACCUGAAGAAAUCAAGAUUUAUAUCAUCUGCUGUCUUCAGCUUACUUUAAAGAUUUAUGGUUGCAUAUGUGAAAUUCACAAGAGAUUAACAACCAGUCACACAGGAAGUUAUUGGAAGCAUCAUUCAUUACAAGCAUUAUCCAUCAACUUGAAGAAAAAAGUUAUAUGUGAUUUUCAUUUCAGUAAGGUGCUGUGUAAUGUGUUAAAAGGAAAUUAUAAGGAAUGAUUUUAUCAAAUUUUUAUGAGUUAUGGUGGCAGAAAGAUCAGUUCUUUCUCGUGGGAAAGGAAAUAAAUGGCAGCACAAAAGAAAAUCUAUAUUAAUAGAGUAUUUUAUUAAACGGAAGUGGCUAGACAAGAACUUUAAACCAACAGACCCAGCAAACAAGGAAAGAAACUUGUUAACUGUAAGACAUGUUUCCAGUGAAUCAAAGUCCAAUAACUGUAGACUUCAGAAGAAAAAAGUUGUCAAAAACUUUGUCAAAACAGACAGGUCAGUGAUAAAUAACUUCUCCAGUAACAGGGCUAGGCCUGAAAACUAAUAUUAAUUGAAAAAUUAACAAAACAGAUCAACUUGAAUUAAAAUUUUUUCAUAAAAAGUUCUGAAAAUAUCAGAUUAGAUUUAAAUUUUCCUCAUUUCUAUUGCCUUGUCCAAAGUAAAGCAAAUAUCUUUCAGCCUUCAUGCCAGCUUUUCUUAUAUCAUAAGGAUGACAGAAAUUUUAGCAAAGUAGUAUUUUUGUUGAAAAUGUAUAUCAGUAUCAGUUGAUUUUUAAGACCUGCUGCUUAAUAAUAAUACUGUACAUUCAGCAUUUACAACUACUGGGAAACAAAAAUCUCAAAAGCUACUCAGAAAAGGAGGAUCUUACUUAGGAAUGAUGUCCAGUCAGGAGAAAUCAAAAGAAAAUUCCUCCAGUGUUAUUAAAAAGAGUGAAGAUAAGAAUCUAGAAACACAAAUUCAAGGUUCUCAAAAGAAUCUAGCAAAAAAAUCAGGUCCAAAGGAAGCUAUAAAAUCACUGGUUAAAUCUUCCAAUGAAAGUAAAGCCAAUCAGUCUGAAUUAGGAACAUGCAUGAGCACAAGGUCAUCAUCCAGUGAUAAAAAAGGUAGUAAAUCUAUUAAUAAAAACAUGGUGACUGUAAAGGGACAUUCACAAGAAUCUACAAAACAGAAGAAAUUAUCUCAGAAAAAGUCAGUGCAUGAAACCCCCAAAUCAAAUGAACAGCUUAACCGGAGAUCACAAAGACUACAGCAGUUAACAGACGUUUCAACAAGAUCUCUGCGUAGUAGAGAAAUUCAGGGUCAAGUUCAAGCAGUUAAACAGAGUUUGCCACCAACAAAAAAAGAGCACUGUAACAAUACUCAGAAUAAAUCUAAUAAGGUUAAAACAAAUCAGAAACAUGUGAAAAGAAAAGUACUGGAAAUAAAAUCUGAUUCUAAAGAGGAUGAAAAUUCUGUAAUUAAUGAAGUAAUAAAUUCCCCAAAAGGAAAAAAACGCAAAGUAGAGCUUCAGACAGCUUAUACUUGUAGUUCUCAGUGCAUGAAAGGAUCUGAAAAGUGUCUUCAGAAGAAUAUUAGAAAAGAGGAAACAAAGUCUGUGCCUGUAACUUCUUCUGAGAUAAAAAGAUCAAAAGUGGCUACUUCAGUGGUCUCUAAAAAGAAUGAGUUGAAGAAGUCAGUUCAUACACAAGUGAAUACUAGUGCAAAAUCCCAAAAAAGUCCACAGCCAUCAGUGCCUGAACAAAGUGUAGAUAAUGAGCUGGAGCAAGCAGGAAAGAGCAAACGAGGGAGUAUUCUCCAGCUCUGUGAAGAAAUUGCUGGUGAAAUUGAGUCAGAUACUGUAGAGGUAAAAAAGGAAUCUUCACAAGUGGAAAAUGUAAAGGAGGAGAAGCCUACAGAAAUAAAAUUGGAAGAGACUGAUAUUGAAAGACAAAUACUUCAUCAGAAGGAAACAAAUCAGGAUGUUCAGUGUAAUCGUUUCUUCCCCAGUAGAAAAACAAAGCCUGUGAAAUGUAUGCUAAAUGGAAUAAACAGUUCAACUAAAAAGAACUCCAACUGGACUAAAAUUAAACUCUCAAAAUUUAACUCUGUGCAGCAAAAUAAAUUAGACUCUCAAUUUCCCCCUAAAUUGGGCUUAUUACGACCUAGUUUUUCACUACCUGCAUUAGAAAUGCAUCAUCCAGUGACUCAAAGUACAUUAUUAGGGUCAAAACCACCUGAUGAUAAAAAUAGAGCUUGCCAGCAGGAAGAAAUGAAAGAAAUUAAUUCCGAAGAAGUUAAACUUAAUGAUAUUACAGUUGAAAUUAAUAAAAACCCCCAAAAGGCUCCUGAAAAUUGUCAUUUGGGUAAUCAGAUAAAACCACCUCCUGACCAACCAUUGGAUAACCAGAAGAAAGAUUCUUUUGAAUCGACACCAGAUAAGAAUUGCAGCCUAUGUUUGGAAUCUAAGCUUGAAAACAAUCCAGUGGAAAAUACCACUACUGUUUCAACUCUGCUCAGUCAAGCAAAAAUUGAUACAGGGAAGAGUAAAUUUCCAGGUUCAGCUCCCAAACAGCACAGUAUACUCACUAACCAAACAUCUAAGAGCAGUGAUAACAGGGAGAUACCACCAAAUCAUUCUUGGCCUGAGUGUAAUUCACAUUUGGAGAUAACAAUUCCGAAAGACUUGAAACUAAAAGAAACAGAGAAAGCUGAUGAAAAACAGUUGAUCAUAGAUGCAGGACAAAAAAGAUUUGGAGCAGUUUCCUGUAAUGUUUGUGGCAUGCUUUACACAGCUUCAAAUCCAGAAGAUGAAACACAGCAUCUGCUCUUUCACAACCAGUUUAUAAGUGCUGUAAAAUAUGUGGGUUGGAAAAAAGAAAGAAUUCUAGCUGAAUAUCCUGAUGGCAGGAUCAUAAUGGUUCUUCCUGAAGAUCCAAAGUAUGCCCUGAAAAAGGUUGACGAGAUUAGAGAGAUGGUUGAUAAUGAUUUAGGUUUCCAGCAGGCUCCACUAAUGUGCUAUUCCAGAACAAAAACACUUCUAUUUAUUUCUAAUGACAAAAAAGUAGUUGGUUGCCUAAUUGCGGAGCAUAUCCAAUGGGGUUACAGAGUUAUAGAAGAAAAACUUCCAGUCAUCAGAUCAGAAGAAGAAAAAGUCAGAUUUGAAAGGCAGAAAGCCUGGUGCUGUUCCACACUGCCAGAGCCUGCAAUCUGUGGGAUCAGCCGCAUAUGGGUGUUCAGUAUGAUGCGUCGGAAGAAAAUCGCUUCUCGCAUGAUUGAAUGCCUAAGGAGUAACUUUAUAUAUGGCUCAUACUUGAGUAAAGAAGAAAUUGCUUUCUCAGAUCCUACUCCUGAUGGAAAACUGUUUGCAACACAGUACUGUGGCACUGGUCAGUUUCUGGUAUAUAAUUUUAUUAAUGGACAAAAUAGCACCUAAAAUAUGCCUACAGUACCAGAAGACAUCUACUGAAGAGAAUGGAUUGGUUGCUGACUUUAACCAGGAACUAGGGCCAUUUUUAUUACAGUGAACUCAGGACUGGCAACAACCAUAAGGUUGUUCCAUUUUCAUAAAAUUGGAAAAAAAAUGCAGUAAUUGCUUAUUGUUUUUUUGUUUUGUAAAGAAGAUAUUUUAUUAUCUUUUACAGAAAUUUAUGAUUGAUGUAUUUUAUCUAUAGUUAUUUAGACAUGUUUACAUGCAGCAGAUAAUUGUUCAUAGUGGACUGAAAACUAAUGCAAGGACUAUGGUCUCAGUGAUAAGUAUAUUUUGAAGUUCUUAAUUAAGGAAAUAUACCAGUGUAGCUUGGUACUGUAUUUUUUUAUAUUGAUCUGCUGAUACCAAUUACAAAGAUUGUAUUUUCACAGAGUGGAAACCAAUGUUUUUGCAUUAUUAUUCAAGGAGGGUGUGAUGUUAUGUAUUUAGGAAUUCACAGCUAAUUCUUAUAAUUUAAAAGGAAUCUUUACAAAAAAGCAAAGCUCCAUUAGCAAGAAGGAAUGUGAAAUGUUGAGUUUUUUCUUCCAUUUCUCUCUUUCCGCUUCUUGAUGAUAGCAAGAAGAGAAGGUGGAGAAGAACUGAGGCUUUCCUUCUUAGAGAGCUAUAAACGACUAGCGUUAGAAUGGUACCCUCUCGUGUAUUUUAUUCUUUCAUUCUGGUUUCACUUUUUAAAGUAAAUGGCAACUUGGCACACUUCUGCUAUUAACAAUCCCAAAGAGGUUUAUAAAAACUGGUGGAAUAGUUGCAAGGUAACUGUGGAUGACUCGGUAUCUGCUUUGUUAUUCCUCAGAAAUACUACACUGGGUAUAUGGCCUCAUUAUUGGACUUCAUUUUGAUACUUGUCUAUCCUUCAUAGUGCCCUCUACUUUUAAAGGGUUUAUAUGUUGAAAAACUGCUGUGGCCUUUUAUGACCUGUAUAUAAUGUAGAAUAAAAUAAUAAAAUACUUGAUAGC